AUGGCAAAUAUAAAGAUACUAGUUGCUUGGAACUUUGUGGCAGCAGCAGCAGCAGCAGCAUUACUGCUGAGGGCAGUUUUGUGCGGAGGCACCUACAUACCUCCUGUCCUCUUUCUACUAGAUCGCGGGCCUAUCGGUUUCUGCUCCCACACGCCGGUCGACAGGACCUUGUCGCUGGUAAGCCAGAAUUCGCGCCGCCUCAGCAGUGCAAAAGCCACUGCGCACAACAGCAGCAGCUGGGGUGAAAUGCAGGCCCCUAACGCCCCCGGUGUCCCUGCUGCUAUGGCAGGCCCAGACGUCCCGGAGGGUCCCAUCGAUCCCCAGAUCCUCCAGGGCCUCUGCGUCCCUGAGGGCCCAGGCACUUCCAUGCCAUCUACCCCUGGUGAGGGUCCAAGCACCGCUGUCCCGCCCGCUGCCACUAAGGGCUCAAGCGCCUCUGGAGCUCCUACAGUCUCUGAGGGGCCAAACAUCGCCCUGUCGAUCGCUGCCUCUGAGCUCCCAAACAGUCCUCUGCCGCCCACUGCCUCUGAAGGCGCCAGCGCCUCGGAGCAUCCCUCUGUCACUGAAGGGCUGAACAUUUCUGAGUUUCCCCUCUCCAAUGAGAGUCCGAGCACCUCCGUGCCACCCACCUCCGGUGAGGGCCAGAGCACUUCUGUGCUGCUCACCGCCUGUGAGGGACUGAGCAUCUCCGUGCCGCCCACUUCCGGCGAGGAACUCAGAACUCUCGUGCCGGCCGCUGUGUCUGAGGGGCAGGGCCUCAACGCUGAAUCCCGCUCCGGGGAGGGUCCCAGCAUCUCUGUGUUGCCCACCGUCUCAAAGGGACAGAGCACCUCUGUGCCACCCACUCCCCGCGAGGGCCCGAGUACCUCAGUGUUACCAACUGCCUCUGAGAGACCCAGCACCUCUGUGCUGCCGCUUUCCAAUGAACGUCAGAGCAUCUUCAUAAGGCCUAUCCCCGGUGAGGGCCCGAGCAGCUCCUUGGCGCUCACAGCCUUUGAGGAACCGGUGGCCUCUCUGCCGCCCCCUUCUGGCAACAGCUCCAGCAUGUCGGUGCUCCAUGCCUCCUGGGACGGCCCAAGCACUUCCAGGAUGCCUAAUGCUGCUGAGAGCCUUGGCAGGUCUGGGAUGCCCACUGCCCCUGGGAACCCUGGUGCAUUGUGGAGCUCCGGUGCAUCCGGGAGCCAGAAUUCUUCCAACUGUUUGUUUGCUUUACCAAACCUUGGUGUUGCCAAGGCCUCUGCGAACUCUGAGGGUCCCAAGGGUGCAGAAGGCCCCAUGGAAUUCCAGGUCCUGAGAGACCAUAAGAACUCUAACUCCAUUACCAUUAUGGGGCUCGGCACUGCCCAGGUCGCACUGACUCUGAAGCCCCAGGACCCUAUGGAGGAGAAUGUAGCUGAACUGUUGCAGUUUCUGCUGGUGAAGGAUCAGAGCAAGUAUCCUAUACGGGAAUCUGAGAUGCAGCUACAUAUUGCUAAAGAAUACAGCCACCAGUUUCCUGAGAUCCUCAGGCGAGCAGCAGCUCAUUUGGAGUGUAUUUUUAGGUUUGAAUUGAAGGAGCUCGACGCUGAGGAGCACACCUAUAUCCUGCUCAACAAACUGGGACCUGUACCCUUUGAAGGGUUGGAAGACAGCCCAAAUGGGCCAAAGAUGGGCCUUCUGAUGAUGAUCCUAGGAGAAAUAUUUCUAAAUGGAAACCAAGCUAAAGAGGCUGAGAUUUGGGAAAUGCUGUGGCGGAUGGGGGUGCAGCGAGAAAGAAGGCUUUCCAUUUUUGGAAACCCAAAAAGACUUUUGUCUGUAGAGUUUGUAUGGCAACGCUACUUGGACUAUAGGCCAAUAACUGACUGUACACCAGUGGAGUAUGAAUUCUUCUGGGGCCCACGAUCCCACCUCGAAACCACCAAGAUGAAAAUUUUGAAGUUCAUGGCUAAGAUCUAUAACAAAGAUCCUAUGGACUGGCCAGAGCAGUACAGUGAGGCUUUGGAAGAAGAUGCUAUCAGAGAUGCUGCUGAUGAUUGGCAGGCUGUCCCUCACUUUAGGAGGCCUUUUUUUGAGGAAAUUCCUGCAGAAUUAUUAUCUCCUGAUUCAGAUGUUUCUGGCUAUCCCUCAAAAUAUCCUCCACAUUCAUGGCCUGAGUCAAGAAUGGAAAGCAAGGCAAGGAAGUUGGUACAAUUAUUUCUGCUUAUGGAUUCAACUAAGCUGCCUAUACCAAAGAAAGGAAUUCUGUACUACAUUGGCCGAGAGUGCAGCAAAGUGUUCCCUGAUCUUCUGAAUCGUGCUGCCCGCACUCUAAACCAAGUGUAUGGGACAGAACUAGUGGUUCUUGAUCCAAGAAAUCACUCUUAUACCUUGUACAACCGAAGGGAAAUGGAAGAUGCAGAGGAGAUUGUAGAUAGUCCAAAUAGACCAGGAAACAACUUUUUGAUGCAGGUUCUAAGCUUCAUCUUUAUAAUGGGCAAUCAUGCUAGGGAGUCUGCAGUUUGGGCCUUUCUGCGGGGCUUAGGGGUUCAAACUGGGAGAAAGCAUGUAAUUACUUGUAGAUAUUUGAGCCAGCGCUACAUAGACAGUUUACGAGUUCCUGACAGUGAUCCAGUGCAGUAUGAGUUUGUAUGGGGGCCUAGAGCCCGCUUGGAAACCUCUAAAAUGAAAGCCUUGCGAUAUGUGGCCAGAAUCCACAGAAAAGAUCCACAAGACUGGCCAGAGCAGUACAGGGAGGCAAUGGAGGAUGAGGCCAAUAGAGUUGAUGAAGAACGCAGGCAAAUCCUCAUUCAGAAUGUCAGAUAAAGGAAUUUUUGGCAAUCAGUGAGGCCUUGUUAGGCUGGGCCCUAGAGCCCUCAGUCUUAAGUAUUGGGAUGGGAGGGUACAUAUUGUGUUUGAUAUUUGUGUUCCAGUUCCACUUAUGUCUUUUCAUGUUUGGUUUUGGUUUGGUAUCAUGAAAAGUUACAAUUGUUUUAUAUAUUGUCUAGUAAGGUAAAUGUAAUUGACUACUUGUCUCUGUUGUAUUUUGGUAUAAAAGUUCCAAUAGUGUUGUAAUAUGCUUUGGUAAUCUUUCCACCUCUUUGCAUUAUCUGGAAAAGAAUAUAUAGCAUAUAGCUAUAGAGAUAUACUUUUCCUUGAAAGCUUGAAAAAAUUCAUCAGUAUAGUGAUCUAGCUUCACAGUUGUUAAACAAACAAGACAACUGAAAAAAACACUCCUGGUUGUGCCUGGCCUCCCUUUCUGUCUGCUAUUGUGUAAAGUAUACCAAUGUUUACCUGUAUUUGCUUUGCUGUAAGAAA